UUGCUUCCUUUAGAAAUACUUGCUUCGGAAUUGUCUGUACAUGGUUUAACCAACUUUUUACGAUCUUUUCCAGAUUACGUGAAGUACAUCGUCGGAUGUCGGGGCAGCCGGAAGCUGAAGGUUGGAGACUUUACCUACACCAAGAACAAGGAGAGCGUAAACAAAACGUACUGGUCGUGUGCCCGAGCCGGAAUGCACAAGUGCAAAGCCCGUGUGCUGACGUACACUUUGACCAAUGGGGAGCAGAACCUGGUCGUACGAUAUCCGAACCACAACCAUGAUCCGUUCUAG